GUGACCGUAAAGGGGCUGCAGCAUGGGUUACCUCAAAAGAAGAUCCCGAAUGAUACCAAUUAUGUCAUCAACGCACCAUGUAGUCCCCCGGCUCGGUUCAUUCACUGUCACGCUACGGAUUUCGCCCGCAUGUCAACCCCUGCCUGUCUUUCCACCCUCGUGUUCUUUGCCCCAUAAUAUGCCCUCUGCUCUGUGGGGGAUCUACGCAGUCUCGAAAUCAGAAGAAAAAUACGUAAUUGUCUCGAAUCGGUCGACGGAAAUGCAAAAUGAUAAAGAUAAGUAUACCCACUUCAAAAAUUCAUUGUCUUUAAGACGUAUACGGAAAUAUAGAUUACGUUCGCGCGAGACAAGUGGCGAAAGUGUUAAGAAGAAAGGAAGAAAGACAGAUAGAAGGUGGUAGGAGAGAAUAGAAAUGAGGAAAGGAGGAAAGGAGAAGAGCGCGGUCCAACUGGGGGACAGAUAAUCAAAUAACCUGCACGCACCGUAUAAAUUAUCAAUCAGGGCGCGAUUGUGCAACCCCAACAGAGGGAGAGAGAGGAAGCCGUGUCGGUAAGGGUUGUUACACAUCGCCGUUCCAACAUGGGGAGAGGAAAAUUGUGCGAGAGCUCGUCCUGUCGAGUGACCUCGCAACGGUUAUCUUCCCUUCGUGCGUGGGCGCCCGUGGACGUGAGUUCACGCCCUUACUAGCCGACAUGACACGUGCAAAGAGGGUUACAUGUGUCUAACAUUAAAGCCGACCUCUACGCGCCCCGUAACCGUAUUGGAAAAUUAUACUAAUCAAAUCUGACUAAAUAGACGCGUUUGUCUUCGACGUAAUUUCAAAAUAUUUUCUUGACACUUUUGAUAAUACUUGGUUGAUGAAUCUUCAGAAUUAUAAUUUUUAUUCUCUAUCGUUAAUUUAAUCGGACAUACGUGUUUAUUUGUUGGAAAAAAAAUUACGUGUCAAAACAGAGAAGGGUGGAACGUGUACAGUGUACACAAGCAUGUUAACUAAGGGGGUGAUACUAUUAUACCCUGACUCGUGAGCGUGGGUGUACGUACACGUAAAUUCACGCCCUACAUUCCAGUCUGACACGUGCAACGGGAUAGACACAAGUUGCCCCGAAAUAUCCGAGCCGAGCAAGGUAGAUGAGCUACGAUGCACGUGCACGUCGCACAAUAAGCUGGAAUCGCAUUAAUUUACAGCUAAAGUUACGUUCAAUUUUUAUCUUUUCAUUCAAUUAGACUGGGUGGUCUUGCGAAUUAUUGUAUUAUUUAUUUUGAACGUCGAGUAAGAUUCCUAAUUACGCGAGACGUUGAAACGUAUGAUUAAAAAAAUAACUUAUAUCUAUUUGAUGAACCACCAUGGAAUCGCACAGACGAAAUCAAAAGUAAGCUUUUUCUAUGGAUUUAAACGGCUCAGAAAACUGCACGCGUAUCAGAAGCGACGAUCCGAAAACAGCACGUUGAGAACGUGAGAACGUUUCGAACAUAGUACGAUGCACAAUCGUGCACUGCCUGCGGCUAUGGGAAACUAUUUAGUCUCCCUCAGGAUCCUUUAUCUUGGCGCGUGGCUGCGUCUUUCAACGCGUGCAUUGCGCUUCGCGAAGCAGACGAUUGCACACCCCUGAAUUUUAACGUUUUAUUUUCUUUGCUUUCUAUCGUGGAAACCUAAUCUUAACCGAACCCUUUAUAUCACCAUGAUCUUUUCUAUAAUAAUUUAAAUUCCUAAUUUAAGGGCGGGAAAAUCGGUUGAUUCGAAAAGAAAUUUGUGUAGCCGAUAUUUAUCGCGAUCGCGAGAGUAAACGCCUGGGGCGUUUAUUUAAUAAGUUGUUAUAAAUUACACAGCUACCGCAUAUUAAACCAUCUUCGACAUAUUUAUAGUGAUUCUUAAAGAAAGUACGCCGAACGGUACGGAUAUGUAAAUCAUUGGCCCGGCUAUUCGGACCUUAUUCACAUCGGCGUACGCGUAUGAUCUUCUCCGGUAUCUUUUGCCCUCCUGCUCGCCUCUAAGCGCGUCCAUCAUCUCCGGCUACCGAAGACUGCUGGGUUCGGCCCUACAACACCCGUGGACACGUUUAUGAAUUUAUCUUCACCGAUGAAACGACAAACGGUUUUAAUUGCCGCCUCGAGCUACGCGGAGGAUCGUUAUUCCGUUCCGUUCGGGCCUCUAACAAUUUUUAGGCCCAAAUGGGAAUAACACUCUCUCCCUUAUGUUAAUGGUAAUCGUAUCGGUAACAAUUUCCACGUUCGCAGAGAAUCAGUGGAAAAUUACUGUGCACGAAAUUGGAUCGUUUGCCGACAAAUGGUACGCGACAAUGAGGCCCUGGCUGAUCGGAUUAUCCUGGAAACUCCUUGGACAGGGAACGGAAACUUGUACGUGCGAAACAGGACCGACAUAAGGCAUUGUUAACCUCCCAUGGGACAAACUGCGAGAUCAAACGCUGUUAGCACAAACUGUGCCUUUGAUUCCCCUCUCCUAACUUCGUUUCACCUCGCCAUUUGUUCUUUUUCUCAGUUCUAUCGGCGAGCGAGGUAGAAAUAAGAAAUAAGAAGAAAAAAAAAAAAGGAAUCAUUAUAGUUACGUGGGUACUAUAAUCCCGUGAUAGUCGUGCGGAGAGGACUUAAAGCACGCCGCUCGGUCAUAAGUCAUUCCCGGAGCAAAGAAAGGUACGAAUAGGGUGUUGUGGACGGACGGAGACGGAGAAACGGGAAGAGGCAAAGUGUCCCCGAAAAUCCUGAAACCCACGCGGGCCCCGACCGAGUUAAUAUAUUUUAUCUAGUGGGAUAUAUCCUCCGGAGGUGGUGGCUUUUAUAUACCCUGUACGGUAUUUAUGUGUCGCCGCCUUUCCUAAGCGUUUGAUAUAUGAACUUUCAAAGCCGGAUACCCUGUGGGGGACUUUGGAGUGGCGAAAAACACGUGUAUUAUUUUAUAACCAUUCGAAUUCCAUGCAACUUUUCCUUCGCGAGAGCAGCUUCGUUCAGGAAGCUGUCAUCCCGGAGUGACCGAUCUUCGAAGGAGCAGCCUUCUGGAUAGCUUUCGUAAUCAGCUAUGCAAACGAUCCUUGGCGCAAUAAAAAUUGCGGUAUCUAUAAUGGCGCCGUUAAAGGUUUUUGCUCGUAAACGUUUCCAAUGAAAUACGCACCAGCCUUGGAAACGUUGAUAGAUAAAUAUACCUGACCCUGUAUUACACAGGCAGAGAAGAUGAGGUGACAGUUAAGUUUCAUAAGCGAUGCUAACCUUAUGACCGUUAAUGAUAAUUAUAGCCAUUUACCUGAACGUUCCCUUUCUGGAUGCACUUUCAGUGCCCGUAACUAGGGUUCUUUAUGGUCGAUCGGCUGACGUCAUAAGACGACGCGCGUGAUAAUUCUUGGAAUACGAAGUCAAAUUUUCUACCACGGACCAGUAUUUUAUAUUAGCGGUGCACCGGGUCGUAUCGGCACGUUCUCCUAUACGAAAAAGGCAUUCUUGUCGCGGUGAGCCGACAAUGGCGGCCCGUAAUAAAUUAUCAAUCGAAAAAAGAAGGAGUUACGGCAACAAGAAGCGGCAACCGCGGCGAGUUACGGUUUCGCAUUAAAUAUGAAAUACUGCUAUCCGCGUCCCGACGAUUCACGCACACCCGGGUCAUUCCUGUCUGUGUAGGGUACAGCAAGGUAUUAAGUAGUCUUUAAUAUAUUUUAAUUGCCAUACUCGAGAUAUCAGAACACCGUCAUUCCCUUGUUGUUUAUAAAAGUUCAUUCUUUUUAUCGUCUGUAUUUCAAUAUUUACGAUUCUGGUCUAUUUUUUAGGGCGAUAGACUGCGGUCUAGGGCGGAGGCUUUCAAAAUAGAGAUCACCAGCUCAUUAAUAUUGUAAAUUCCUUUUUAAUACGCGUAAAUCUAGAGUUUGGACAAGGCCACCUUGGAGACUGUUUUAUGGCAAAAGCAGCGGCCCUUGGGGGCAGUCUUUGAGGUUAACCUGGCUCAAAUUUACUGUGAAAUAUUUUUAUAGUGGAACGGGAAAACCUGAAGGCGUCAUAGGACGCCUUAGGCUCAGCAUAGGGAGAAUGAAAGAAAAAUCCAAUUAAUUUAAUAAUGAAAUUUUUAUUUGAAACGAACUGUAGACGGUUAAAUACACAGACGAAGGAGUUAACAAACGAACGAACACAGAUAUGUUGUAUGAUCUUUGGAUGAGUUAGAGGGUCAGGUCCAGUCGUCGGUGCGAAGUCAGUCACUGAUGGUGCUGGUAUGACGUGGUAAAUUAUUUAUUCACCGGCGACUGCGGGUGAAUAAUGGAUGUUCCUUCGCCGCGAAUGGCACCGAGAAACGUUAUUGAUCACCGAAAUAUCAAAAGUAGGCGUAUCCAUCACCGAUGGACCACCAUACGCAGCUGUUAAAUGUACGCGCGUACACGGACGGACGGACGGACAGAGGAACGGACGAACGGACGGAUGGAAUGCAUCGGUACCGAAGCUUGUUCCGACAAUAAAAUCGAUUUUUCAUACCCAGGCAUUUAUCAUACACCCGCGAUAAUAGGUGUGUAUGGAGUAUACGAUAUAAAUAUUUCCAGGUAAAUAAUCGUUAGCUUUCGAGUAGCCGAGUGUGGAGAGAGCAUUAAUAACAUCGGUGUCCUUUUUGCGUGUUACAACGAAUUGACAGCGUGCUAGAAUCCUUCGUUACCAAUACUCGAGCCUGUUAUUGUGUGUAAUAACCUUCCACAUCCUUGUUUGACCACGUUUCUCUUCGGCCCGAGGGUAUACGCGUCCAUCUGUACCAUAGUUUCUGGGGAAAAUUUGAAUGCCAGUUUUCUCGCGGUCAAAGUGCAAUUAGCACCCCGCUGCUUUUCAAAAGAGGCUGUUGCGGUACUCGACGAGCGUUUAGCGCCCUUUUGUCAAAUCAAUCGGUACAAUUUUUCGCGUGGCUUGAGAUCGAGGAGCAUAUUAUUCACAAGUAGUCGACUGGUUAGUUACCGGGUAUUAAUUGAUUUUUGUUUCCGCUAGGGGUUGAAAGAUCUAUUAUCGAGCGGUCUAUCCGGGUGAGCCAUCUUCAGAGUGAAGAAAUGAUCAAUCCAAGCUGGAACAAUCAAUCGUAAAUAAAUGAAUGCGAACCGACGGAAAGUCUGUUUCCGGUCGAAACGGUUCGUAGAUCGGAGCUGGUUGUUGGCGAGUUGAAAUAGAACCGGGCAAACUCGUAACGACGUCCGUGACAAAUCCGCGUCGAUUAAUCUCUGGCAAAUACACAAGCUCGCCACGGACCGUGUCCGUUUCUGUUUAUUAGCAUCGGUAGACACCGGUCAUUUACAAGGUGUAACUAUGCGGCCAGGUGGCCGAUAGUGAAACUCGACCGACGAAAAAGCACCAGGAAUAAUCCCCAGCUGAGCCACUCGCCUUCCUCGGUUUCUUAUUUUUUUUCUCUCUCUCCUUUUUUAUUUUUUCCCUCCUACGGCGUUACCUCUUCAUCUUCACCCGUGCGCAUGCCACGGAUCGGGUCCCUCCGACCCAUACUACCCACGGAUUCGGGAAUAAUUACACGAUCAAUAGGCUAAAUAUCUCUUGCCUCAAUCACGUGGAUAAACGGAGGCGCAUGGUAAAUUGGAUUACCGACGUCAAGGGACAGCACCCUGUUUGCUCCUCAUCGCCCUCUGUUUUUGAUGAAAACUUAAGUACUGUUCACAUUUGAAUUUUAAUUUUCCUUACAUCGCCAUUUUCCCUAGAAAAACCCUCCAUGCUCUAUACUGUACACCUCCAUAAGAAUUUUACCUUAUCGCAUAAAAUUUUCUACACGAAAUAAAUAAACAAGCCAAAACUCGUACAUCAUCCACCUGCUUGUUUCACAGUUGAAAGCUGGAAAAACUAUCUCGGCGUGGAGUAUAUUUGUUGACCGUAAAGCUGGUCGCGCCACAAAUCUAGCGAUUUCGUAGUCAGGUGUGUGCAUACGUUACCAGCUAAACGCGUUCAAACUUAUGCACUGAACAUACAUACGAGUAAGCGUGAGUUUAAUCUACUAACGGUAACUAACCCGUAAGCCCGGCGAGGACGGUGUCAGACUAAAGGGGAUCGAGGAUAAGAGAUGCAGUGGACGAGGAACGAGCAAGGGAUAUCCAUGCGAACCUCCGAGAGCUCGACUUAAAGGCUUCGGAUUCUUAUUUCCCCAUAAAUAAUUUUAAUGACGCGCCGCAGCAGUUCAGGUAUAGGGCGAAGUUAUGCGAGACCCUGUACCUGUACCCAGACUCGUAUUGUUAUUUAUUAUAUUCGUCGCACGUGAAUAAGAACACGCUCAAGAGCUCAAUGUCGUUGGUUCGAGUACAUUUCUGAAUCGGCCAAAUAGAAAUCUAUUUUUUAUCGAAAAAAAUCGUACGAAGCGUCUGAAGAGAAAGAUUUUCGAGAAUGAUCCUACGCACGGAACGCGACCAAUCAAAAAAGAGUCGCAUUGCUCAUAGAGCGGUAGUGAAGGCGCGCGUGCGCGCGGUACUCCUCGUGGCCGCGAGUAAUUUCGCGAAGUUAGGCGGGUCGGGAGGUAGGCCAAUCGGAAACGGCGCGACGGUCACGCCUACCGAGCGCUCUCGGCCACGCCCACUUCGGAGAGAUACGAUAGGAAACGGGUCGUGGUGCGGCAGUUCUGUGUGCCGUGUACCGUAGCCCCGCUCGGGAAUUACAUUAUACCGUCGAGCGCACCGAGUCCUCGAGCCAUGCUGCGCUCCUCGGGCGUAGCUGUCGCUUGCCCGCGCCUCGUGUGAACGCGUUUAUUUGCCUCACGAUGUAUUUGAGACUACAAAUUACACGAGUGUGAUCGAUAUCUAUCAAUCAACAAACAGAGAUCCUUUAACCAACCUCCAACGGUGUGGAAGUGUCCCAACUACUGCGACGACAGAAUCAUGAAGACGGAAGUGGAAGACAUGCCGAGCGACGGCGUAUGCGAAGGUACCGGUUCGAAUCUGGCCGUUGCCGAAAGCGCAGGUAGCCUAAUAGGACCGGAAGUGUCGCCGACCGGCAUGGAGUGCGGCGGUUGUGGAGAACGAGUUCGCGAGCGUACAGUUUUAUGUGUCGGUGGCCGAACUUGGCACUCGAGGUGUUUAAGGUGUUUCGCCUGUGCCAGGCCUCUGCACGAUCAACAUUCUUGUUUCCUGAAGGGCAUGAGACUGUAUUGCAGGCACGACUAUGCUCUAACCUUCGGAGCGAAGUGCGCAAAAUGUGGCCGUAGCGUCGGCGCCGGUGAUUGGGUCAGAAGGGCCAGGGAGAGGGUUUAUCAUUUAGCUUGUUUCGCCUGCGACGCCUGUUCGAGACAAUUGUCCACGGGCGAGCAAUUCGCCCUUCUGGAUGCCCGAUUGCUGUGCAAAGCUCACUACCUGGACGUCGUCGAAGGCAACAACACCUCUUCCGAUGAAGGCGGUGACUCGGAGAGCGGCCACAAAAGCGGUAACAAGGCGAAGAGAGUGAGAACCACCUUCACCGAGGAACAACUAUCGGUUCUUCAGGCGAAUUUUCAACUGGACAGCAAUCCGGAUGGUCAAGAUCUCGAGAGGAUAGCACAUGUUACCGGACUCAGCAAAAGAGUUACGCAGGUUUGGUUCCAGAAUUCUAGGGCAAGGCAGAAGAAGCAUCUGCACACGGGCAAAACGAAAGGGCAACAUGUUCAUCAAUCACCUCCGAAUUCGACAACGUCCACGGGCGAUUUCGGUCGGCACAUCAAUUUACAUUUGACCUAUUCUUUUCAACAUCAACAACAACACCAUCAUACCCAGCAACAGCCGCAACUGAGUCCGGUGUGCAAAAGUCCCACGCCUUCCAUUUAUCAUAACCAUGGUCUACUCUCUAUCGCAACUCCGUCAACUCUGUCUUCAGGCUCGGAACAAUCAAUGGACGAACUGUCGCAAGAUUCGAUGAUGUUGUCGAUGCCGAACGAGGUUUAAUCGUCGUUACUGGAUUAGCUGUAUUGUAAAUACUCAUCAUCUUAGCGUUAAGGUUUUUAUUUUUGGGUUUCAUGAAUCUUUCUCGGUGAACGCGUUUUAUUCCACGGUGACAGAACUCACGUUAGAACCGUCCCGUUUAUGAUUAAUAUAAAACGCAUAGAGUAUGUACAAAGUUGAUAGUUUCCGUCGGUUUAAGUAUCUUUAAGUUAAGUAUAGCGUUUGUGAAACGUUCAGCGGAUACGUACUUGACGAGAUAAGUAUUUAUUUGAUAGAUUGACCCGUUUCUAUGAACGUAAAAAUCCGAUGGUUUACAAAUCCGCCCAACAUGUUAAUUAACAUUUCCAGCAGAACUUAGAGACAGCAAAUUUCAAGACUGGUUGACAGUACAGCUUUAUCUUGCGCUUGAUGUUAAGCUUAUUAUGAAUGAGUGAGUACAUUUAACAUUCCAUGUUACGCAUGAAGAAAUACGCGUGCACCGGAAGUGAGUUGUAAAUCCUUUUUUACUCGAUUUUUUUAAUAAUCGAUCGACGGAGAUCGAUUCGUUGUUUUGAUUCGAUUGAAAUUAUCCCUUUCUAAGAAUUAAUUUUUGAGGUUAGCAAAUAAAUUCUUGAAUUAUUUAUUGAAAUUUCAUGAGUGAAGGCCACUCGAAUGUUUUGUGCUAAAUUUUUUAAUUUUUUACGACAGGAUUUAAAAAUUUUAGUAAAUUUAAUUGGAAAGGGUUAAUGGAGACCGACAUUGUAUAAAAUGCAAGCAGACGUCUUUCGUGGUGGUAAUGAAGCGAUAAAUAUAAUUUUCGCUUACAAAAUAUUCCACUUUCAUUAAUUUUGCGAAAUAUCCUGAUGUAAUCAGGUUCGAAUAAGAUUAGCGCGGUGACGUAAUAACAUAUGGAGGCUGCCAUAUUGUUUCAAUAAAAUUUUAGCUCUCUGAUUGGUUAAUUUCGAAACAAAAGAAAGCACGUGCAAUUUGAAUUGCAAUUUCAAAUAUUUUAAAUUUUCUGAAACGCUGAUCAAAUUAGCCAAUCGAAAAAUUAAUAUUUUACCUAAAAAUAAAUAAUAUGGCCGCUCGAUAAAUUCUUACGUCCGUGGAUUACGAAGAACAUCCAAAAGCAAUGUUCCGAAUGAAAGUAUCUUUUACAGUAUUUAGAUAAUUGUGUAAUCGUGAAAGGAUCAUUAUUUAAUAUACAUGUACUGUGAUGUAAAUAUUGUAAACUAAGUAUAUAUAUAUAUAUAUAUAUAUAUAUACAAUAUAAAAUAUGUUGCACAUAACUUACAACUUU